AUAAUAUAGAUGGAAUUUGUAUUACUAUUAUUGGUAGCAUUACUGUUUUCCCUAUAUGUAAUCUUUCACAAAAGAAUUCAAAAAAGACCAAAACACCCUCUUCCACCUAGUCCAUCCAGCUACCCUAUCAUCGGUUGCUUGCCGGCGAUGGUGAGAAACAAGCCAACUUUCCGAUGGAUGCUCGACUACAUGCAACGCCUCAACACCGAAAUCGCAUGCUUUCGCCUCAGAAGCAUCCACGUCAUCACCAUCAGCUCUCCAGAGCUUGCCCGAGAGUUUUUCAACGUGCAAGACUCCGUUUUUGCAGCAAGGCCGGGAAACAUGACGGGGAGACUCACGAGCAACGGCUACUUGUCGGCUGUUCUUGCGCCCGGAGGCGAUCAGUGGAAGAAAAUGAGGAGAGUCAUUGUGUCGGAGGUGCUCAACUCAUCUGUCCAUCAAUUUCUUCAAGGAAAGAGAUGUGAAGAAGCCGAUCACCUCGUUCGAUACGUCUACCACCAGUCCAAGACUGGUGCCGCCGUGAACGUGAGAGAGGCGGCGCGGCUUUACUGUGGCUGCGUGAUUAGGAAGUUGGUGUUCGGGAAGAGGUUUUUUGGGGCAGGAACGGAGGAUGGUGGGCCCGGAUUUGAAGAGAAGGAACACAUGGAUGCGGUUUGGAUUAUUCUUUCAUACACAUAUGGAUUUGCAAUUGCUGAUUAUGUUCCAUUUCUUGAGGUGUUUGAUUUUGAUGGUCAUAAAAAAACUCUUACCAGUGCUAUUAAGAAUUUGAGAAAAUACCAAGAUCCAGAAAUUGAUAAUAGGAUUGAGAUGUGGCGGAAUGGUGUUAGAAAGACUAAUGAUGAUAUUCUUGAUAUUUUGAUUAACCUCAAGGACUCCAACAAUAAUCCAUUGUUGUCAGCUGAAGAGAUCAAAGCCCAAGUUAUUGAAAUGAGUAUAGCUGUGAUUGACAAUCCAUCAAAUGUUGCUGAGUGGAGCAUGAGCGAGAUGAUUCGUGAACCACGUAUUCUUGAGAGAGCCAAUAAAGAGCUAAAUGAGAUUGUAGGCAAAAAGAGAGUUGUACAAGAAUUGGAUUUGCCUAAACUGAACUAUAUACAAGCUUGUAUUAAGGAAGCUAUACGGUUACAUCCCGUGGCACCAUUCAACCUUCCCCAUGUUUCGACUGAAGAUACUAUUGUAAGUGGAUACUCCAUACCAAAGGGAAGUCACAUCCUACUAAGUCGUCUCGGCCUAGGACGGAACCCUAGGGUUUGGGACGAGCCUCUUAAAUUUAAUCCAGACCGUCAUAUGACAAAUGGAUCCUCGCAAGUGGUUCUCACUGAUUCUCAGUUGAAAAUGUGGUCGUUCGGUGUUGGUAGGCAUGGUUGCCCAGCCAUCUUGCUUGGUUCUACUAUAAUGACACUUCUUUUAGCAAGACUUAUUCAUAGUUUUAGUUGGACACCACUUUCUUCUAUGCCUCUCAUUCAAGAAUCAGAUUUAAAUCCUUUUUUGGCCGAGCCAUUGAUUGCUCAUGCAACUCCUAGAUUGGAACCACAAGUUUAUCAAAAUUUAAUGUAGAAUAUAUUGACGAUGUUCAUCAUAUGUAUGAUGUCUCAUUAAUAUCUAAAAUGAUUUACCAAUAAUAAUACUAAGGCAAAAUCUGUGGGCGCUUAUCGUAAGCGCUCGUUUCAAAUGUUAUAUGCAGCUUUAGUGUUUGUUAGAGUUAUACA